AUGGAUAAAAUCAUCUACAGAGCCGAAGAGGAUCGCAUUUACGAAAGUAAGUAUUUUUGAAACUAAGUAUAUAUUUCUAAUCUGAAAAUUGAAAUUUUCAGAUCUUAGAACUUCUCGUUCGUCUAGUGAAGUACCAAAAAAUGUUCAAAUAAUUCAAAGACUUGAAGAAGCUAUCAACUAUAAUUCUGAACCGAAAGUAAUUCCAAUUUCGGAAUCAACCUGGGAGAUUCUCUUGAAAUCAAUUGAUUGUUGGUCACAGUUUUCGAGAAACAAAGGUAAAGUAGAUUUUUGGCAAUCAUUACCAGAUAUGUAUGUAAAUAUUCAAUAAUUUCAGCUAUUCUGGAUGGAAGAAAAAAUGAUUGGCUUGAAAUAAUUGUGAGAAACCCACAAAAACUUUUUUGGAUCAUCUUUGGCAGCAUGUUCUUGGUUGUGAUUCUGUGCUAUUUCUAUUCACUUUUCAAAUGAAUUUCUGCAGUUUUUAAUCACAUUUUUUUCAAAUUUUUUGCAACCUUUUGUGGUUUUUGUAUUUGUAUAAUUACGAACGAUCAAUAAACUUUUUUUUAAUAAAAAAAAGCGAAUUGAAGAUAACCGGGAAAUAGCUAUAAACUGUAUAUUUCUGAAACCCAAUUUGGGAAUAAGUGAGUUCUACAGCAUCUGUAUUCUAGAUAAAACCUCGAGGUGUGGUAUCUUAAUAAUAAACUAAUUUUCAAAAUACUUGUUUUUAUUUGGGAUGUCGCAUUUUUGAACAUUCAUGUCUUUGCUUCUUCUUUUUUCCAAAGCCAUACCACCGGAAAUGUUCAGAAUGACCCGAUCCCUUAUGAAAGUUUCUAGCCUAAAAUGACUAUCAAACAAAUAAAAUUCCGACAUUCUGGCCUAUAGAUCAUUCACCAAAGAAUGAGCUGUGCGAUGUUUUGUAAAUGUCCGAUGUUAUUGUUAAACGUCUCUCAUCACUAAAAAAUACCGAUUUUUGUGCGACUAUCGAUUUUCAACGUCGUUUAUCAUAGCCGGGGUUGAGUCAAAAUAUCCAAUGCUCAUGUUCGGACAAAAACAGCGCCCUCGUGCCGUGUUGUGACAGUUUUUUUCUGGAUAUUUUGCUGUAAUAUUGAUUUUCAACGGCGUGUUUAACAGUUUCGAAAUAGGGGCGGAGUUGAGCUCACAGAUUCCUUAUUCUUUUCGUUGUAUCAUUCAUUCUCAUUUUCAUUUUCAUUCAGCCGGACUGUUCAAUAUUCAAUUUUUUGUAGAAAAAUGGUCGCGCCUUCAAAAAUCUAUGGCCAAUACUUGGAUUAUGCUGGUCUAGAAAUUGGUAAGAUUUUCAAGCGAGCGACUGAUCAGAUGGGAACUAGUGUAAUUUACAGGCCCUGAACAACUUCUUCAAGAAAUUGAUGAAAAUCGAGAAGAGGUGGCAGUUGAAAUGGGCAACGUCGGUCAUCGCAUUAUCGACAUUGAAGAAGACAAUGAGUAUCCUCCAAGAGAAUUGCCAAUGCUCCGUGAUUCGCUCAACAAUGUCUAUGCUCUUCUUGGAUAUCAACGUAAGCUUUUUUUUAAACAAAAGCUUCACAACUGUUGACUAUUUCCCUUAAUUUUAAAGCAUUCCAUUUGAUAUGACAACAAUAGUCAUUUUCGCAAAACUUGAGAUUAUCUGAACUCGCUGCCAUUUAGAAUUAGUGUGACACAAGAGUUUCCUCCUAAUAUAAGAAUUAGAUCACCACCAGACGGCCCACAAAAUAAAAUCAUCCCAAGUGUUAUUUCCUAUACCUCCAAGACUUUUCUAGAACUUGAUAUAAAAUCCAUUUGAUCCCAAAGAAAUUCAACUAAAUUGAGUAACUUCUCACAAACAUAGGAUGUCCUAUAGAAAACCUAAUAUUAGAACAAUUUUGAAAUAUUUACGAUAUUAGAAAAUCGUGACACAAAAUAGUUUUUGCCGAAAAAUAGAUUUGAUGAAAAAUCAAUACAUUCACAUUUUCUAUGGCUGUUUCAAAAAUCUUCUUCUGUCCAAUACAUCUAAUUUUUAAUUCUUGAUAUUUUAUAUUCCAGAAUAUCAAUCUAGAAAUCUUGAUUUGGUAAUGGAUGCGGUUCAUAGUCCAAGAAAUUUGUUCUACUUCUACAUCGUUGUGGCUGCCUUCAUCUUUAUUUAUUUCUUCACCCAAUAUUGUUACCCAGCCAUGUUCUGA